GUACCCUUGUACCAGAUCUCCCCCACAGUCGCGCUAUCCAGUCCGCCACCAUUAGGACAAACGAAGUAAUAGCAGACGAUUAUAAGACCCGUUGGUUAAUGAAACAGUCUUCGAGUUUAUAAUUCGUGGCUGUCGCCCAUUAUGCCUGAGCCAAAGAUGCAUAUCUACAUGCCACUACAGCAUGGGGAGGUCAGAAUGUUGCGUUGCCGAAGGACGUUCACUUCCACUGGGGCCGUCAGAUGCUCUACCAGCAUCAGUGGCCCAGGAUCCACACGCACCACAAUCGCCCGUGAGAUUGGAAUAGACCGAGUCCGGCUUACGGACUCUCCCUCUUUCACUGCCCUUUCCUACACCUGGGGAAGCCCGAAUCAAGAUCAUCAGCUCAGACUAUGCGACAACACCCUCUUACCGAUCACCAAGUCCCUUGCAGAGGCCCUGAUCCAUGUACUUGACGACAUCGAGGAUGGCUUCCUCUGGAUCGACCAGAUUUGUAUCAACCAGAACAACAACAACGAGAGGAACCACCAAGUCCCUAUGAUGGGUGAUAUAUAUCGGAGGGCACGCAGAGUUUUCGUUUGGCUCGGCACCGAAGCCACUGGCGCGGAACGAAUUGACCGAAUAUUCCAAGAUUUUGAGACAGCCACAGCGACCUUGACUACCGACAUGAUGCUCAUGGAUGCUUUCGUCCUCUCACAGGAAGCCUAUCUCAACAAGCAGGCCAUGAUUUCGAUGAUGAAGUUGCCAUGGUUUGAGCGAGCGUGGGUUGUGCAGGAAUUUGUGCUUGCCCAGGACCCCAUCUUCGCGCACGGAAGAUUUCGCUGGCAUCCCGACACCAUGUUUCUCGUAACCUGCCUAUUCCGAGAUCUUGGGAGAGAAACUUUCUCCAAGUUCCUGCGUCACGAGAUCUCAUACCUGCGCAAGAAUCACCCUUUCCAGAUUAUGCAGAACACCAAGGAGGUGCAUGAGGACUUCCACCUGCUACUUUCGCGCAUGGGCAGCAAGUGCAAGGCUUCUGAGCCAAGGGAUCGCGUCUACGCAUUUCUUGCGCUGAACAGGGACCCCCGUAUUAACAUCAAGGCAAUGUACGACGUACCUGUACAUCGAGUCUUCACUGAAGUUGCCAGAACAAUCAUUACGGCGACAGAGAACCUGGACAUCUUGGCCGUUGCGCCACGCCAACCCCCCAGCAUAUCCCAUAUCCCCAUCGAAUUCCCAGAGGACUAUCCCUCCUGGGCUCCAAAUUGGUGUUGUGACCGUUUGAGUGUGCCAUUGUACUCUCGAGCCAGCCAUGUUCCGUUCAACGCUUGUUUAGGCUUGCCGUGGAUAGAACAAAACCCACAGCCUGAUGAACCGAACCAUUUGAUACUGCAAGGAAGAGUUAUUGCAACGGUUUACGAGACGUCUCCGAUCCUGUCAGGAACCGGAUCCCGCCAACGAGUACUUCGUGUUUGCAUUUCUGAUGGGUCUUUUAUACCGCAUCUCUCCGCGAGGGCAGUGGCGAGAGACCUUGAGUUUCGACAAUCUAUUGGGCUCAGCCACGCUAAUCUCGAGAGCUUACUCUAUGUGCUCAACAGUGAGGAACAACCUGAAUCAUAUAUCGAUGAGAAAUUGCUUCUUGAGGAGUAUGUUUUAGUACUUCAGAACAGGAAGUUGUUUGUAACAGCAGAUGGUCGGAUCGGGCUAGCUCAGAGUUGUGUGAGAGCCGGUGAUACCGUCAUCAUCGCACAUGGCUCUGCAACACCGCUGGUGAUUCGCACAAUUGACGAAAGGAAGCAGGCAUUUAAGCUGAUUGGGCAAUGCUAUCUCGAAAAUGCCAUGUUCGGGGAGGAGUGUGAUUUUGAAAAAUGGCCAAUGUCAAGUUUCUGUAUCACGUGAAAUGUAGACUCUGUCUCAACUACAGGCUUUCGGAACUCAAGUGGUCAAGUCCAUGGGCGCUCUCAUUUUUGCCAGGUGAUCGAUGUGGGCGUACUUCUGCUCCCAGACGAUGGCUUUAUAAGCAGUGGCGGCGACGUAGGCUAUGCAAUCUAUAGCCUAGACCCCUAGCUUAAGCUUAGUAAAGGGUUCUAAAGCUAGAUAAUAACAUAACUAGUG